AAAAAAUAAAAAUUAAAAGGAGAUCGGAGCCGGUUGUUCUCCAUCUUCCUCAUUCUGGUUUCAGUAGGGUUUUCUUUUCCUGCCAAAACCCAGAUUCCCCACAACUUCCCAGCGAUUUGCGCCGGCGGCUUCUGUUUCUGAACUCUCUCUCUAUAUUACCAAUCGCAUUUCUAAGCGAAAGCCCAAUUCAAAUCACAGCCUUCUGUAUGUCAAUCCCGAGGGAGCUCUACCCCAGCGAAGAAGACCUCCCUUACGAGGAAGAAAUCCUUAGAAAUCCGUUCAGCCUCAAGCAGUGGUGGCGCUAUCUAGUGGCACGAGCAGAUUCGCCAUUCACAAAACGAAGAGUGCUUUACGAACGAGCUCUACAAGCACUUCCCGGAAGCUACAAAAUAUGGCACGCGUAUCUCCGCGAACGUCUGGAGUUAGUUCGGAAUCUUCCAAUCAAUCACUCCCUGUACCAAGCUCUAAACAACACUUUCGAGAGAGCCCUUGUUACAAUGCACAAAAUGCCACGGAUUUGGAUCAUGUACUUGGUGAGUUUAACUCAGCAGAAGCUCGUUACACGAACACGACGCACUUUCGAUAGAGCAUUGUGUGCAUUACCUGUUACUCAGCAUGAUAGGAUUUGGGAACCUUAUUUAGUGUUUGUUAGUCAAAGAGGAAUUCCUAUUGAAACGUCACUUAGGGUUUAUAGGAGGUACUUGAAGUAUGAUCCUUCCCAUAUUGAGGAUUUGCUUGAGUUUUUGUUGAAUUCCGAGCUGUGGCAGGAGGCGGCGGAGAGGUUAGCUGGUGUAUUAAAUGAUGAUCGUUUUUAUUCUAUUAAAGGGAAGACUAAACAUAGACUUUGGUUGGAGUUGUGUGACUUGUUAACACAGCAUGCUACUGAAAUAUCAGGCUUGAAUGUGGAUGCGAUAAUUAGAGGAGGGAUUAAGAAGUUCACCGAUGAGGUUGGGAGGCUUUGGACUUCUUUGGCGGAUUAUUACAUUAGGAGGAAGUUGGUUGAGAAGGCAAGAGAUAUUUUCGAAGAAGGGAUGACAACUGUGGUGACUGUUAGGGAUUUUAGUGUUAUCUUUGAUGCAUACUCCCAGUUUGAGGAGAGUAUGCUUGCCUUGAAAAUGGAGGAGAUGAGUGAUAGUGAGGUGGAGGAUGAAGGGAAUAAUGGUGAGGUUGGGGCGGAGGAAGAUGUGGAUGAGGAGGAUGAUAGGUUGAAUGUGGCAAAAUUAGAGAAGAAACUUGGAGAGUUUUGGUUAAAUGAUGAUAAGGAUGUUGACUUGAGAUUAGCAAGGCUAGAACAUCUUAUGGAUAGGAGGCCAGAGCUCGCGAAUAGUGUCCUUUUAAGGCAAAAUCCGCAUAAUGUAGAACAAUGGCAUAGAAGGGUAAAACUAUUCGAAGGGAAUCCGACGAAGCAAAUAUUAACGUUCACUGAGGCAGUUCGAACUAUUGACCCAAUGAAGGCUGUGGGGAAGCCACAUACUUUGUGGGUUGCAUUUGCAAAACUUUAUGAAAACCAUAAGGAUAUUGCAAAUGCAAGAGUCAUCUUUGAUAAGGCAGUGCAGGUGAACUAUAAAACUGUUGAUCAUCUGGCUAGUGUUUGGUGUGAAUGGGCCGAGAUGGAACUACGGCACAGGAAUUUCAAGGGUGCUCUAGAACUGAUGAGACGUGCCACUGCUGAACCAACUGUUGAGGUCAAACGGAGAGUUGCUGCUGAUGGAAAUGAACCAGUGCAAAUUAAGCUACACAAAUCUCUAAGGCUUUGGUUACUGUUUGUGGAUUUGGAGGAGAGUCUAGGAAGCUUAGAGUCAACUCGUGUGGUCUAUGAGCGAAUUUUGGAUCUGAGAAUUGCUACACCACAGAUUAUAAUAAACUAUGCAGUACUUCUGGAGGAUCACAAGUACUUUGAGGAUGCAUUCAAGGUUUACGAGAGGGGUGUGAAGAUCUUCAAGUACCCACAUGUAAAGGAUAUAUGGGUUACCUAUCUUUCCAAAUUUGUGAAGAGAUAUGGGAAGUCAAAGUUGGAACGAGCUAGAGAGUUAUUUGAGCAUGCUGUAGAAGAGGCCCCUGCUGACGCUGUGAAGCCAUUGUAUCUUCAAUAUGCUAAAUUAGAGGAAGACUAUGGUCUUGCAAAGCGGGCUAUGAGGGUUUAUGAUCAAGCUACAAAAGCUGUUCCAGCAAAUGAGAAAUUGAGCAUGUACGAGAUCUACAUAGCUCGUGCAGCUGAGAUAUUUGGUGUUCCACGAACACGGGAGAUUUAUGAACAAGCAAUUGAGUCUGGGCUUCCAGACAAGGACGUAAAAGUUAUGUGCUUAAAGUAUGCUGAACUUGAGAAGAGCCUAGGAGAGAUUGAUCGUGCCCGUGAACUAUACAAGCACUCAUCACAAUUCGCAGACCCUAGAUCUGACCCUGAUUUCUGGAACAAGUGGCAUGAGUUUGAGGUGCAGCAUGGUAAUGAGGAUACCUUCCGCGAGAUGCUCCGUGUGAAGAGGAGUGUAUCUGCAAGCUACAGCCAGACACAUUUUAUCCUACCGGAGUAUCUCAUGCAAAAGGAUCAGAUGCAGACCCUUGAGGAAGCAAAGGAUGUGUUGAAAAAAGCUGGUGUUGCUGAUGAUGAGAUGGCAGUUCUUGAGAGGCAGUUAGCGCCCCCUGAAAAUGAUACAAAGAGCAAAGAACAGAGUCGGGUAGUUGGAUUUGUAAGUGCAGGAGUAGUUGAAUCAAAUGGACAGAAAGUCACAGCAAACAAUGAGGAUAUUGAGCUACCAGAGGAAAGUGAUUCUGAAGAGGAUGAGAAAAUUGAAAUUGCACUGAAAGAAGUCCCUGAUGCAGUGUUUGGAGGUCUAAUCCGUAAGAGGGAAGAAAGUGAUGAAGCAGAGGGCGACUCUACUGCCAAGAAUAAAGAUAAUGAUGGCCCUCUUGGCGCGCUAGAAAGAAUAAAACGAAGGAAACAACAAGCAUCUUAAGAGUUGUUUGUAUUUUUAUGCUGCACUAGUUGGUUUGAAAUUUUUGACCUAAUUCCUAAUCCUGUAAAUCGAUAUUGUUGUACAACUUUAAUUUUUCCAUAGAGGAGGUGUACAUCACUCGUUUAUUUGAAGUAAUCUUGUAUUUAUUCCUCUACCCUGGAAAAUGUUGUGGUGGUUAUAGUGUUUUAACUUGCAAGAAUGCUUUCAUUUAGUGUGUAGAAUUGUAUUUUGCUG